GAUAUUUUACAUCAGAUACCGGUACCUUUGGAGAAGGAGAUGAACAAAAAGUAACUGGCAAGUUCAUGAAGAACUGAAUAAGUCAUACGAAAACUUAAUAUGACAGAUAUACAGACAUUAUUUUCGUGUAGUUCAGUUCUUUUACACGUUAUCUUUUUGUCUUGUUUUUUCUAUGUGCACAUCAGAAAUUGUAUCGUGGUAGAAUGUUUAAAUCCUUGUCCUAACAGUGUUAAUGAUUGCGCCAACUGUCGCCCAGGAACAGAGGGAUGGCAAAAAUGCAGUAUCAACGAUGGCUAUUGUUCGAAUAUUUGCAUGAAGGGAUACUAUGGGUGCCGUUGUGAUAAGAAAUGUGGACAUUGUAUGCCGGAUAAUAUGGGUGCGGUUAAGUGUACGCCUUUCUUUGGAUACUGCACGACCCGUUGUGUCGACGGUUACUAUGGUGCUCGCUGUGAUAAGGAAUGCGGACAUUGCCUACCGGACAAUAAGAGCGUUGUCAAAUGUGAUCCUAUUUUCGGAGAUUGCGAGAGAACGUGUUCUAACAGUUUUUAUGGGCGUCGCUGUGACAAGAAAUGUGGACAUUGUCUACCGGACAAUGAGGGACUGGUUAAAUGUACAUUCUUGUUUGGUGAGUGUAAAACUGCUUGUGCUGGUGGCUACUAUGGUACAGCGUGCGAUAAAGAAUGCGGACAUUGUCUACCAAACAACGAUGGCAUAGCAGAGUGUGAUAUUUUAAGCGGACACUGCACAACCACUUGUGUCGAUGGCUAUUUCGGUAAAAAGUGUGAUAAAAAAUGCAAUCAUAACUGUAUUGAUCCUAUAACAAACACAAACAAGUGUGAUAAAGUUUCAGACAAUUGUCGUUAUGGUUGUGUAUCAGGAUGGUACGGGGACAUAUGCGGAAAAACUUGUAACAAUGCCUGUUUCAAAAGGUCCUGCAACCAACAAUCAGGCCGAUGUGAUGCUGGAUGUGUCUCUGGUUGGUUUGGUUACACAUGCCUAAAUUUAUGUAGCAAAACGUGUUUUGGUAGGUCUUGUGUUCAACAUACGGGACAAUGUGACAAUGGAUGCGCUCAUGGUUGGUAUGGAAACACGUGCAAUAACUCUUGCAGCAACACUUGUUUCAUGACGUCAUGCAAUCAACAAUCAGGACGCUGUGAUGCUGGAUGCGUUCCUGGUUGGUAUGGCGAUAUGUGUGAAAACUCUUGCAGCAACACUUGUUUCAUGACGUCAUGUAAUCAACAAUCGGGACGCUGUGAUGCUGGAUGCGUUCCAGGUUGGUAUGGCGACACAUGCAAAAAAACAUGCAGUUUCAGGUGUUCUAAUAUAUUGUGUAGUCAAGAAACGGGAUAUUGUGAUAGCGGAUGUGCUUCCGGUUGGUAUGGUAAUACAUGCGAAGAGACUUGCAGUAAUACAUGUUCCAACGUUUCAUGUAAUCAGAUAUUUGGGCUGUGUGACGUCGGAUGCACUUCUGGUUGGCAUGGUGACAUGUGCAACUAUGAAUGUAGCGAAAAUUGUAAAGCCAGUAUUUGUGAUAGAGAAACGGCACAAUGUUUGCAAGGAUGUGAAUCUGGAUUUGAUGGAAAUUUCUGUAAUAAGACCGUGAAAACUGGCUUUGAUUCUACAUUAGUCGGCUUAAUUGGCUGUUUGAUUGGUGUCACAUCAUCGGUUAUAUUAGCACUAGUUGUCGUGCUAAUAAGAAGGGUAGCACACAGAGAGAAGCGCUAUGGUAACCUAGAAACAUCUACGCAAGAAAUGACCGAGCCAGUAUACGAUGAAAUAGCCGAUACUACUGGUAAGGGAUUUAGAGAGACUAAAAUCGUCACAUACUAGUGGG